AUGCCAAAGUUCACCGGCACGUUACGGACGGCCCAGCAGGUGGUCGACAUUGCCAGCACUGUUCGAGGCGCAAACACGAAAGAGGUAGCCCGCGGCGUCGGUCGGCUCGCCUUCAGCCAAGGCGUCGAGCGCGGCAAGGACGCGAGCAAGACAUGGGCCAAGACCUUCGAGGUGGUUCCCCGGCUCGUCCUCCGAGGACUACAGCUCCUCCUCGCCCUCAUCAUCUGUGGCUUCUACGGCAACCGGCUCAGCAGCGAAAGCAAGGGCGGCGAGGGAAUCGGCCCCGUGUGGAUAUACGGCGUGGCCGUGGCCGGCCUUUCUGCCGUGACGGCCAUCGUCUUCGCGGCGGCGGCAUCGCUCGGCGCCAUCCCUUGCGUCGGCAAACUGCUGAGCUCGUUCCAGCCAUACCUCUUUUGGUGGUGGGACUUGGCGCUGUUUGUUCUGUGGAUGGUGACAUUCGGCAUCUUUGCCGGCUUGUUCUUGAAGAGGAAGAGCGACGACCCUUAUAGAGGGAGCAACACGACCGCCAUGAAGAUUGCGCUUUGGAUAGAUGUUGCCAAUGCCGUUUCGUGGCUCUGUUCAGCCGGCUACUCGGCCUUCAAGCAGUGGACGGAGAAGAAGGCGGAUCGUAUGGCGGACAAGCUGGGGCAGAAGAUAUUUAGCAGCAAGGAAUCAUCUCCCGCCUAG